AUGGUUUUGAAUGUUAUUGAUUUGUAUCCCACAAUCCUUGAGUCGCUUGAUGCCAUUGGUGAUGUUUCCAAAGAAAGAGGUGACAAGAAUAAAGCCGAGUCACUUACAUAUUCAUUGAUGUCAUUUGAUUUUGUUUUUGUGGCAUUUUUGAUGAUAUCUGUAUUUGGGAUUGAAAAUACUUUCGACGCAUCUUUACAAUUGAUGGAUCGAAAUCUUGCGAAUGCAAUAUCUGUGGUUGAUAUAUGUAAGAAGCUUUUACAAGAGUUAAGGGAUGAUGGUUGGGAUUCUCAUAUGGACACAGUCACCUCUUUUAUGGUUAAACAUGGGGUUGAGAUUCCUAAUAUGGAGGGAAUGUAUGUUGCUCCGAGGAGAAGAAAGUAUGGUUGUGGUAUGCCACAAGUAGCGAAUCUUCACCAUUUUCGAGUUGAAGUCUUUGAAAGUGUAAUUGAUCAACAAUUGCAGGAACUUGAAAAUCGGUUUGAUGAGGUAAACAAAGAAUUACUUAUUUGUAUGUCUUGCUUUGAUCCCAUUAAUCGAUUUUCUUCCUUUGACAAAAUAAAAUUGCUCCGGCUUGCCAAGUUUUAUCCCAAUGAAUUUUCAAAUGUUGAUUUGUUAAAUUUUGAACAAGCACUUGGGAAUUUCAUUGAUGAUAUUCAGAAUGAUGAGAGAUUUUGGGAGGUGAAGAAUCUUAAUGAGCUUUCUAUUAAACUUGUCGAGGCAACGAAGAAUGAAGCUCAUUCCAAAGUCUACAUGCUUUUGAAGUUGGUUUUGCUUCUGCCCGUGGCAAUGGCAAAUGUAGAAAGAGCAUGUUUUGGAAUGAAUUUUGUUAAAAAUAAAUUGCGUAAUAGUGCAGGAGAUCAAGUGUUGAGUGAUUGUUUGGUUACUACUUUAGAGAAAGAUUUAUUUGUAGAUGUUAGCAUUGAUGCUAUUGUAAAUCAGUUUGAAAAUAUGAGAACUCAACUAGAAGUACUAGAACAAUUUACUUCGUCUACUGGGUUACCUUUUGUUAUAAAAGAUGAAGGGGUGGAGCUGUUUCAUGUUCUAAGGAAGUUGACCAAGUAUCUUCCAGAAAGAAGGAACAGUAAACUCUUUGACUACAAAGUCUGCUUGCACAAGAGCUUAGUAUUCUAUGACGCAGUAGGUGGAGGGAAGCAAGAUGAAAAUGUUGCAUGGGUUGAAGAAUGA